GUAGUUUCGACACACUGUCCAGGUAAGUUUCAGCAGGACGACGGAGGGUUAAGACCGAGAGCAAGGAGACAAGGAUAAUGAGGCAGGAGCUGCACCAAAAACAAAGUCUGAAUGCAUCAUCCUGACUAGCAGCAUUUUGGACAAAUCCCUUCAGCGCAGCAGCUGCAGCACAUUAAACGGUGAUUCAGAGCAGUUUAUAUUUCACUCUUCAUUGGCUUUAAUCUUGCCUGUAUGUGUGGCUGAGACCAUGAGAGCAUCCCAAACCUGCUGAGAGCUCCUUGACAAAAGAUGCAACCAGGAGGUCCACCUGCUCCACCACCUCCUCCGCCGCCGCCACCACCUCCACCUCUGCCACCGCUGCCACCUCCUCCUCCACCUCUAGCCCCUGGCCUUCCUCCAUCCCUACAUGGCGCGGGCUUCAUUGCCAAGGGGGCACGCCGGGGCUCCACGAUGCGCAAUUUCAACUGGGAAACCCUUCCAAAACACAGCGUGAUAGGAAAGCACAACAUCUGGACAGCAGAUAAGACUGAUGGGGAAUAUGAGCUGGACACUGAUCACAUGGAGGAACUGUUCAGUCGCAAGCAGGGACAGCAAAAACUCAAGGCCCUGAACCGUCAGAGUCUGAGGGGCCUGCCAACUGCUGCCUCAGGAGGGGAAAUGGUUUCCAUCCUCAGCUCCAAGAGGAGCAUGAACAUUGGAAUUUUCCUAAAGCAAUUCAAAAGGCCUGUGAAGGACAUGAUCGAAGAAAUUAAAUCAGGAAGUAGUCUCAGUUUUGCUUUUGGAAAACUGAGGGAGCUGUGCAAGCUGCUGCCAGAUGAAGGCGAGGAGAGGCAGCUGCUCAGUUUUAAAGGUGAUCACUCUGCUCUGCCUGACGCAGAUCUGUUUAUGCUAAUGCUGGUUAAGAUUCCCAGUUAUGAAGAGCGUCUCAGCUGCUUGGUGCUCAAAGAGGAACUUUUCCCCCUCAUGGAUGAAAUGAAAGGUUUCAUCGGCACUUUGACAGCUGCUGGAAAGGAGCUGCUGGAGUCUGACAAUCUCCAUUCUAUCAUUCGCCUGGUACUGAAGACUGGAAAUUACAUGAAUGCAGGUGGUUAUGCAGGCAGUGCAGUUGGCUUCCGAAUGGCUUCUCUGUUGAAGUUAGCGGACACCAAAGCAAACAAACCUGGGAUGAAUCUUAUGCAUUAUGUCGUGAUGCAAGCUCAGAAGGCAGACAUGGCCCUGCUUAAAUUUCCAGAACAACUCAAACACAUUGAAGCUGCAGCAAGAAUAAAUAAAGGUGAAAUUGAAGCAGAGUUUGAAAGACAGGUAAAGAAACUGCAAGAUGCCAGAGUGGACACCUCUAAGCAGGAAGACCUAAAGGCACAGAUGGAAGACUUUCUAAAGGAGGCCGAGGCCUGCGUGGAAGAAAUCAAAGCUGAGCUCCAGGAAUUGCAGUCAGUGAGUGACUCUGUGGCAGAUUACUUCUGUGAAGACCCCAUUAAAUUCAAACUGGAUGAGUGUUGCUCCAUCUUCAACUCCUUUUGUGAGAAAUUUAUGUGCGCUAUGCAGGAAAACAAGGCCAGCGAGGUGGCAGACGUGCAGCGGAGACACAGAGACAGAUUGCAGAGUGCAGCCAAGCGCAGGUCCACGGCUACAUGCUCCAGCAGAGACAGGGAGAUGGAGGGAGUUGCACUAGAGUCCAUUUUACAAAACUUCCUUACCAAACGUGUCUCUCGGAGAAGAUCUGGAAGGCCCUCAUCCUCUUAUGGAAGUCCCACGAGUGGCAGUCCCAUCAACGGGAGCCUAUCAGAAAUUACCUCUCAGGUAAACCUCCCCACUGGGAAUCAGAAGAGAGGAGCCUCUUUUAGAGUUAAGGAGAUCGGCAGAAAAGAGUGGAAUUCAGCAGAUGUGCUCACAGAGACUUCUUCACAAAAGAAAGACCAGUAUAACAGCGAGAACAGUGAGGCAAAAGUUGGCAUUCCUCAUGAAGCAGAGAUGAAAAGUUCAAGAACAGAGGACUCUCGAGCCUUUACACACCCGGUCAACAGGACCACCAGCAUUUCCUCCUCAGGCAGAUCUUUCUCAGUCGCCACUGAAGACGGCGAGGAGGAUCUACAGGACAAUAAUGAGGAGGAGGCCCAAAAGUUGCGUGAAGCAUCUAAAAAAGUUUUGCGCUUUCAGAACAGCCGUGGCAGUGUCUCAUCUGGGGAGUAUUCUUUGGAAAAUCAGAAAUCUCCUGGAGCAAGCACCGUUUUACCUCGUCAACGUACCUUCGAUGAGGACACAGAGAGGUAUCCUGGAGACCCAACCAAUGAGGAUUUAGUUCGAUUUCUACUCAAUCCUCAGUCCUCCUCAAAACGUAACCUUGGCCGGCGCCAUACUCUACCUAGUAAAGUCCCUAAGACUGGGGAAGAGGAGGAUAAUCUGUGGGCUCAGGCUCCAGUCAAAACUCCUAAUUCUGCAUCAAGAGAAAAGGGCACACUGCCAGCAGAGGGUGCUGGACACAAUCCCUCAAAACCAGUGUUUGACUUUACUGAUGUAUCUUACAAUUUCAGAAAAUCUGGUGCUCAAGACCAGAAUUCUCCAUCAGCAGAAAAGAAAAGCAAGCCAGAUGUUUCUCUAACCUGUGUUCCAGAUGAAGGGCUAUGGGAGCAAAGCCAAGACGGCAAACCAAUGGAGCCCACAGACGACCAUUUGCAGAGGAAUAAUGAAAAUAUUCCCCCCAAGAGUACAUGGAUUAAGCCUGAAACCUCUGGACUAUUUUUUAGCUUUUUAAAACGCCUUGGAGAUAUGAGCAAACUGCAGAACAGCAAGGAAACUGUCCACAAGGGCGCUGAUUCUGGUGAAUAAGCUUUGAAAGAUAUAUAAUUUAAGUCCAGGAAGCACAUGUAACUAUAAUGUCACUUGUCAUUAGCUAAUCAUGGUGAUGAUUUAGUGUUAUUUUUUUUAUGUUUAAUUGAUGAUGAGGUUGUAAAGUGAGGGACGGAAGGUUGAAGGAAAGUGCUUGGAGGAUGUUUGUGAUGAGGAAGGUCAUUUUGUAUGUUGUACCACUAGAUGGCAGAAUAUAUAUGUAUCAUGGUAAACUGUUGCUCAGAAAAGAGGGGUGUUGUUGAUUUCCAGGCUGUGCAUUGUCUAGUAAACAAAAGAACGAUGGGCACACUCACUGUAAAACAUUUCUCCUUAUUUCUUUUCUCUGUGCAUUAUUAUUAUCCCCUUACUGGUAUGGCAUUGUCCUCAUCAGGUGGAUAAACUGGUUAAUACUUACAGUGUGUGGUCUUCUGUCUGGAUUAGAAUAUACAGUCUUGCAAAAUGUAUUAAGAAAGUAAAUGAAUGUUGAGAGCAGGUAUAAGAAAGCAGAGAUAAACUCUACCUAAAAUCCUGAUUUGAUUGUUAUUUUUGAUACUUCGUUAAAUGAAUACUUGUGCUGUGUAUGCUUGAAUUCAGUAUUGUUAUAUUUCCCGUUUACACUGAUGAAUAUCUUUGUUUGUUGUAUAUUUGUUUUCCUCCUCUGUUAUUGUCACAGAAUCACAUCAAAAAUGCAGAAGGUUGGAGAUGCAUUGAGGGCCUUACUCAAUUCAGCCUUUGUUUUGGCCUUAAAUGGGUCAGUGUUACAAAGGCAGCCUGUAUCUGAGCAGUGCUGAACCAUAGACUGUUAGUGUCAAAGUAAAGGGUGCCGAUCUCAAAUUAACUUGAGAAGAGAUUGCCGUGGUUGGAGUAGCAACAGCCACCAGGUGGCUUGUUGUAAGGAAAAGAACUAUGCGUCCUGCAUUUAUCCCAGUGCUCCAGUGUCUCCACAAGCAUCAGUGAGGCCACAGCUUGUGCUAACACAAAUAGAAGUUCAAAAUGUAACAACAGGUAUCUCUUAGCAGUUUAUAAAGAAGCACCACAACUGGCUUUUUAGGAUUAUGCUCAGAUGGCUGAUUGUAGUGUAACAAUGAGUUCAUGCAAUUUACCUUCUAUUUAGUAUUUUUCUUGUUUAAACACCAACUGGUGUGAUCCGAAUGCUUUUUGCUUUGUCGUGAAACAUUUUUAAGACUGAAAUGGAUAGCCACGGUAAUUACAGAGAGACAAAGAGUGUUGUCACUAAAUUGUGCGUUGGGGAAUUGUUGUAAGUGUAUUUCUAAUCAGUGAGAGUGGUAAAUAAAUAUAUAUGAAUACCUGUGUUUAGUGUAUAAACUAUACUAAACACAGGUAUGAUGUUCACUCAUGAAUUCGGGUAACUCUCCCCCCCGGCUGAGGGUAUUUACAUCUUACUUUUCCUGAAAAUAAACCACAUAUUUAUCCAG